ACGUUGUUAAAAAGUUCAAACUAGGAGUAGAUGGGAUUGAAAUAGCUACACAAAUCAAACAUUUUAGUCAUGAGAAUGACUUAAAACUCAUUAACAAGUUUGGGAUCAACGAAAAGUGAGAUGCCUGUAUGCGGUACAUCUUUACUCCAUAUUAUGCUUGUGCUCAGUGUAGAUUCUUUCUUCAUCACAAACCUUGUGCUGAAUUAAGACGAAGAAUGAGACAUCCACUCCAUGAACACUCUCUUAUGCUCCUCCCUAGGUCAACUUAUGCUAGUGGUUCCUUUGGAUGUGAUGCUUGUGACCGUUCUUGUAAUGGCUUCACUUAUAAUUGUAAAGAAUGCAAAUUUGACCUUGAUGUACAAUGCAGUUUACUCCCAUAUAAUAAAUUCACACAUGAUAGUCACGAACACGGACUUAUUCUUUCUAGGUCACAAGAAGUUGACAGAAAGUGUAAUAAUUGUGAUUCAGAUAAAGGAAUCAAGUUUUGUUGUGCUGAUAAUUGUGGAUUUGCAUUGGACUUCAAGUGUUUAACAUUGCCGCAUACAGUAUGGUAUGAACAACAUGAACAUCCAUUCACUCUUUGUUAUGCUCCAGAAGAUGAUUCUAAUGAAUAUUAUUGUGAUAUUUGUGAAGAAGAACAAGACCCAAGAUGUUGGUUCUACUAUUGUGCAGAUUGCAUUUAUCCUGCUCAUCCAGAAUGUAUUCUUGAAGAAUUCCCAAAUAAGAAGUUUGGGAAAACUUGAACAUUUGAUAACCAUCAACAUCCUCUUACUUUUGUUCAGUUCAAGACUUCCGAUGAUGGCCGUGAUUUGUGCAAGGUUUGUGUUCGUCGUAUAUAUGAAAGUUUAGUUUAUGAAUGUGCCGAGUGUAAUUUUAUUGUUCACGAACGGUGCUUAUAAUAAAAAAUAUGAACAAGUAAGGGAUAGUUAGUUUUUUCUUUACUUAGGCUUUUAUUUAAACUGAUCAAUAGCCCCGCAAGUUACCUAUUUCUACGGUCUACCAUAUUGUAAUAAUAGGAACAAGAAGUACUGUUUUAAUUAAGACUACUCGUGUAUACACUUUCUUGUUUAACAUAGAGAUUGGUUUUGAUAGUUA